AUGAACCACGCCUCAGAAAUCUCCCAACCAACAGAAGACCCCAACGACCCCUUCGACACCCUCCUCACUCUCGAAGACACCCUCUACACGUCCGCCUACGCCCAAGGAAUCCGCGACGGCGCCCGCGCCGGCCGCAUUGAAGGCCGCAUCUUCGGCCUCGAGAAGGGGUUCGAGAAAUUCGCUUCAUUGGGCGUUUUGCAUGGGCGGGCGAGCGUGUGGGGUGCGAGAUUGCCGAAAGCGUCGUCGUCUUCAACGUCUCCGGGAGUGAAAGAGCAACCCACCGAUGGUGAAUCCGAAACUGCAAGAAAUCUACAAAUCGAAGACCAAGACGAUACCAUUAAACCCGUUCUCCCUCUGAUAGAAUCCCCCAACACCCGCCUCCACCGGAACGUCCACCUACUUUACCAUCUGACGGACCCCUUAACCUUCGACACCUCCAAUACCGAAGACGCAGUCGCCGACUUCGAUGACCGGUUCAAACGCGCCAGUGCAAAAGCUAAAAUCAUCGAGAGAAGUAUCGGGGAGCAUAUAAUCCCGACCGAAGAUGGAGGAGGGGAUGACAGUCCAAAGAAGGGGCUCAAGAGGCCUGUUAGAAUGACGAAGGAGGGAGGUGGGAGAGGGAGGGAUGCGGAUAACAUGGAGGAUUUUGCGGGAUCGAGAUUGUUGCGUUGA